GAGCCCGAGCAUCGGAGUGGAGUGGAAACAGGAAGAGAAGGCGAGGGGAAGAGAGGAGAUAGAGGAGAGGACCGGGUUAGACAAGGUGGCGAGGAGUGAAAAGGGGAGCAGGAGGGCUCCACAGACAAAGAGGAGUGAAGGAGCCUUUCACAGGGCCUGAAGAGUCUGCACAGAUCCGUUAUAUUCCUUUUCCCCGACUGACGCCGUCACUGAAUUCGGACCUGGGGGUCUGUCUGUCGCCCUUCUCUCUCAGCAGUCAUUGCAAGAUUGCCUCUUGCUCUCAGGUGUGAAGUGGAGGGCCUCCAAAACACGGACCAAGACUGGCUGCAUGUAUCCCCCAGCAGAGCUCUACUCUGGCCGCAACACAUGGGACUCCUAUCCAGCUGGAGGACCUAACAGAGGACAGUGGGGGCCUGCAAACGCUCGUCCCUGGAACCAAACACAAAGAUGCGUACAAGGGCGUGAUCAGUCCCAUCACUCACUGUCUAAUCGUCUUGUCAUCAGGGGAGACAGAGCAGUCAGCCAUGCGCAGGACAAGGGAAUCUCAAAGGGUCAUCGACAUCCACCUCGAAUCUGGGAUGGUAAAGGACCGCAAUUCGAGGGCCAGAACUGGCAUCCCAACUCCACGCGCCCUUUCAAGAGUCAAGCUGGGAGUAGCAACGGCUACCUAACAGCUGCAGGACAGCACUAUGCAGAUUGGGACAGCAAUCAUGGAGGUCCGCGGCUGAACCGCAACAGCAGGGAGCUCCCGUCCCAGCAGGAGAGAUGGGAUUCGUACGACUGCCGAAGAAACUUCCCAGGAAGAAUGGUGAACAACAGACCGGGACCCUGGAAACGGCCGGCCUGCCACCAGCGACACAGUCCACCCCCACAGCACCAUUCGUCUCCACGGGAUGCAUGUCCUGCCAAGAGGAGAAGGGACUCGGACCCAGAUCAGUCAUCUCAUUUUGGAUCAAGGAAUUUGCCUACACCUGUCCGUCCAACAACCCCCCCUCGCCACUACCGCUGCAGCCAAGACGACAGGCAGACUCUUCACAACAGGGCCGGUUCUUACAACUUCUUUGACCACAGAACCACAGCAGCACAGCCACAGGAAAGUGCAAAGCUGCGAAUGGGAGGCCAAGGCUUCGGUAACUUCGAAGCUCCGAACCAGAGCUGUGGCGGCAGAUUAACGCACUACGGUGACAGAGGGAGGGUAGAGCGGAAGAGCCCCCCUUCACCAGCAGACCACACCCGUGUGCCUUACAGCCAGCAGAACCAUCAUAACCACCAUCAGAGGCACCCAAGCCACCCCAGAGACGCACAGCACAGCGCCCCACCCUGCCCCCCGGAAGAGAGGGACUCACGGAACCAUCACCACCGGCAAAGCACAGAAACACACCCAAAAAGAAACUCGAAGGAUCCAUCCCUCCCCAAGAACUCGGUCUCAGAGUUUCAUCCCUUUUCAUCUCAAGUCUGCAGUCCAAAGGAUGGAAGUCCUGUUCCCAGCAGUCCACUUGUUCCAACCAGUUCUUCGUACCCUGCGACCAGCGGCAGAAAAUACCCCUCUGACAUCAUACCAUGCCGUCCCAGCCUCAGCGAACAACAGACAUCUCAAGCAAGCCCCAAUCGAAGCCCCAGCUUGGCACCAAACACGUCCCACACUGGGUCAAAAUCUAGGUCUUCAGAUCCUAAGAGCAAGAAGAUGUUCUCGAGUUCUCAAACGCUCCAGGAAAACAAGCUUGAGAAAAACGUGGAGGAACUCAAAAAACCUGAGCUCAAACAAAAAGACAAGUUAGUGAAAAAAGAAAAAAGGAGUGACUUUAAAAGGAAGGAGAAGGAAAGAAGGAGGAGAAAAAAAUUAGAGAAAAGACUAAGUGAGAAGAAAGACAAGAAAGAGAAAUCAAUCAAGAGAGAGCAAAAACUAGCAUUGAAGAAUAAAGUUGGAGAAAAAGAGUUUGCAUGUUCCUCUGCUCCAACAGACGCCAAACGGAGUCGAGGACUGCCGACCUGUAAACCCAAUCCCAUGCAGUCAGAACCUCAUCAACCCAGCCGUGGUCUCCAACAGAAGACCUCAAAACUGAAAAACGGCCCUCUUCCAAAGAAGGAUCCUUGCUCCAACAACUCCCAGUCAGACAAAGAGCCAAAAAUAAAGUUCCCGUCCCUCCUCUGUAAAAACGUUGCACCCGUUAGUGCAGAACCGCCUAGUAGUUUGGAGAAAAUCGCACACGGCACAGAUGCUCCACGGACAGGAGGUCUUGGUGCUCCAGAUCUUCAGCCUGUUCCUGUGCUGGGAAACUCAGCAGAACCUGGGGAGAGCCUGGCCAACACUCCUCCUGUCCUCAGCUGGCAGGGCUCGCCGGUGUCCGAUCUGGAAGAAGAUGAGGAAGAGCUCGAAAAGGGCAUGAUGAGCAGACCUGUUCUGCAGCCGAGCCCCACCCAUUGCUCCUCGCCACCGGAGAACGGAAGCAAGGAAGAGGAGGAGGCCUUCGAGGGAACACCUGAUGAUGACUCGAACGACAGCACAACUGAGCUCUGUGAGGCGCCCAGUGCAGUCAAAGAAGUUAUAAAAGAGGAAGAUGAGGAGAACAGCAAGAGAACGCUUCUGACUGAGCUCCACCAACAUAAAAAUGGUUUGGAUGAUGUCUUCAAGAACCUCGCCAAUUUCCUCGGAGGCCAGAGGGUCACGUAUAGAGGCGGUCCAUUCGGUGGAGCACAGGGACGAGGAGGCAAGUUCUCAUCCACCCUAGUGCCAAAGAUUAAUGGGCAUGAGAAUCAGGAACUCGCCCUAAAACCCUCCCCCACAUCGUCUUCUGACUCCAGUAAUCAGUCACCACCAAACACUACCUCAGACUCACAUCUGAAAAGCUACUGUCUGCCAUAUUUAAGUGAGCCUGUCACUGGAAUCAAGGAAAAGCAGAGAGAAAUGGACAUGGACGCUAAAAUGAACCCGGAGGAGAUGGGCACCAAGAAAAUGCGAGCCGACUCGUCUCUUCUGGAAGGGUCGCUGAGUGCAGAGCUAAGAGUGACCACAACACAUACGGCGUCCUUAACUAGCGUCAUCACCGUCACCACUAAGGAAGAGAGAAAAAGCAGAGCGGAGCCGGGAAGCACAGCCACAAACAGGAAGAGAAAACAAAAGGCCAACAGUGGAGGACGAGACGACGCCAAGAUUAAGACAAAAUCUGAGCAACACAAGACAAAAUCUGAGCAACACAAGACUAAACGUAAGCAAACGAAGGACUUGAAGACGAAGCGUGCUGUGUCCCUGCUGUGGGUCAAGUCCUCCAAACGUCUUUUUGAAGACGCAAACGGCCAGAUUCCUCAGGAAAAUCAAAACCCCAAUAGCACAUCAAAGGCUUGCAGAGCCGAUGAAAAAAUAGCCGCAGAUAAGAAGAUGGAGGUUGGAGAAUCAGAGAAGAAGAAGUCCACUUCGGACACCAACGCCUCGGAAUCUGCCUUAUCUGGAACGAUCACUUUGAAGUCGGGCUGUCCGUCAUCGUCCAGCAGAGCUCCCAGUUCAGCAGCUUCAGUGGAUCCCUUGAAACUCAAAGCAGCGUCUAUGGGCUUGUUGAAGGAGGUGAAGAUCGUCCUGGUUAAAAUGAAAAACAACGGAAGGCAAACAUUCCAGAUAUCGGAGCUGGAGGAGCGAAAAAUCCCGCUUUCCGAAAUCAGUAUUGACAAUACAGCCAGGGAGCUGAUCACAGCAUGCAGGGGGGCAGUCAAGGAGGGGAAAUUUAAGGAGUCGUAUCUGCUUCCCGGCCUCACGGUGAAACCCAUAUUUGCUGUCAAGACGCCAAUCCCUCGAGAAAAGCUGAACCCUCCAACACCAAGCAUUUAUCUGGAGAGCAAGAGGGACGCCUUUUCUCCCAUUCUGCUUCAGUUCUGCACCGAUCCCAAAAAUCCUGUUACUGUCAUCCGAGGGUUGGCUGGGUCCCUCCGCCUUAAUCUCGGUCUGUUCUCCACCAAAUCUCUGGUGGAAGCUAAUUCGGAUCACGCCGUGGAGGUGAGGACUCAAGUUCAGCAACCCGCUGAUGAGAACUGGAACACCAGUGGCUCUGUGCAGACGUGGCCCUGUGAAAGCAGCCGCUCGCACACCACCAUUUCAAAAUACGCCCAAUACCAGGCUUCCAGCUUCCAGGAGAGCCUGCAGGAGGAGAAAGGAAGUGAGAGUGAAGAUGAAGAGGAGGAGACUGUGAAGGCUGCUCUAACACUCACCAUCUGCAAAGGCAAUCCCCCUUCAGUGACCAACAAGGCCACCUCUGCCCCUCAUGUGACCAGCACGCCCAGCUUUUUCUCUGACCAGAAAACAAGCAGGAAGAUCAUUAAAUUCGGUACCAAUAUCGACCUUUCUGAUCCUAAAAGGUGGAAGGCUCAGUUGCAGGAGCUGCUGAAGCUGCCGGCUUUCAUGAGAGUGGAAUCGAACAGCAACAUGCUGAGUCUGGUCGGACAAACCAUCCUGGGCAUGAACACCGUUCAGCUGUACAUGAAGGUGCCGGGCAGCCGCACGCCAGGUCAUCAGGAGAACAACAACUUCUGCUCCGUCAACAUCAACAUCGGACCUGGCGACUGCGAGUGGUUUGCGGUCCAUGAAAACUACUGGGAGACGAUAAACAAAUUCUGUGAAAAGCAUGGAGUGGACUACCUCACAGGGUCCUGGUGGCCAGUACUUGAGGAUCUUUACAGCUCCAACAUCCCCGUGUACCGCUUCAUCCAGAGACCGGGGGACCUGGUUUGGAUCAAUGCAGGGACGGUUCACUGGGUUCAGGCUGUCGGCUGGUGCAACAACAUCGCCUGGAAUGUCGGACCGCUCAACUCGUACCAAUAUCAACUGGCCCUGGAGCGCUUUGAGUGGAAUGAAGUGAAAAAGGUCAAGUCAAUAGUUCCCAUGAUCCACGUUUCAUGGAAUGUGGCUCGCUUGGUCAAGAUCACCGAUGAGGACACCUUCAAGAUGAUAAAACAUUGCCUGAUGCAGUCCAUCAAGCACAUCCAGAUUCUGAGAGAGCAGCUGGUGGCAGCCGGAAAGAAGAUCUGCUUCCAGCCCCGUGUGAAGGACGAACCAGCCUACUACUGCAACGAAUGCGAUGUGGAGGUGUUCAACCUGCUGUUUGUGACCACUGACAGCAGCACUAAGAGGACCUACGAGGUGCACUGUGAGGACUGCGCUCGAGCUAAAAGCUCCUCUCUGGCUGGAGUCGUGGUGCUAGAACAAUAUCGAACGGAGGAUCUGAUGAGAAUCUACGACAACUUUGUGCUGGCUCCUCCCCCGGUUACAAAGUGAGAGCCUCCAGCGUCACACGCCUCUCAGCCAUAAACCAAAACUCUAACGGCAGCACAAGCGUUGCGUUGCGUUCCCUCCGUUCCUGCAAACACUCUCCUCAAUCAGCCAAUCACGUUUACAUCUCACAUCCUGGUGCGGAGACUCAGCCGGUCCGGCUGCAGCUCACUGUCUUCCCCGUUCCAGCUGCAGUCCGGACGCCUGAUUUCAAUUGGAGUGACUAGACUGGUUCCCCUCAACCAAGAAAUAUCAGGUCAAAUACUGUAUGUUCAACGGACACUGCUGUGAUUCAGAAGCAUCGAGUAGCUGGUUCUGUGUGUCGAUUCAGGUACUUUUAUGCAAAGUCAGUAGAACUUUUUAAUAUUGUUGUUAUUCUGACACCAAUCUAGUUAUUCCACAUGUCCAUUCGUUGGCUGUGAUUCUAACGUACCAGCAGGGGAACGGCUUCACACAGAAGUAGCUGAUUGUCACCUUUAGCAUCGUAAUGGUUCAUGUUUUUUAUUGGUUUGUUUUUUACAUAUUCAGGUAAUUCUGACAUUUUCUAACUCCUGUCUGUAAACUCUCUUUGAGGUGCUAAUCUAAUCUUAUUUAUUCUUCUUAAAAAAAAAAAAAAACAUUUUACCAGCCUACAAGUACACCACAUUGGCCUUGUGAACUGUAUUUAGAGGAGAUCAAAUACACAAAUGAGGUGUUAUGUUUGUAUUAGACACAAAAAAAAAAAAAGAAUUGGAAACCUUUUGUCAGUUUCUCUGAAAUGCGGGUGACCUAAAGGACUAAAAUUCUUAGUUGGAAAUCAAGUAUUUAACGAGAAAACAUGUUUUUGGUGUCCAGCAAAGUGAUGUUCAAUGUGGUUUGUAUGGCACACAAAGAAAACAGACGUACACUUGUGUCAUUUUUACUCUUAAAAUGGGGAAAAACAUCCCAAGUUUAUACCUCUUUUCUUUUAUUACAGUGGUCAUGUUUCUAGAUGACAAAAUGACGGAGGAAGAUUAGAGUCACUGGAGAAAACAAAUGUGAGGAAAUUCUGAUUUUCUCUUUUUAAAGAUUUUAGAAAAAGAGUUUAAAGGAAUAGUUCUAACUCUAACUUUAUUCUCAAAAUUCUAAUUAAAAAGUCAUGAUUUCUAAUUUCAUUUGAGAAAUCUGAAGAAACGUUUACAAAAGGAAAUUUAGAGUCAGAGUCACUAAAUGUCAGAGACUAAAUGAAUGAAUAUAGAAGUGAGAAUCUUAUUCACAUGUUUUGACAAUUAUUUUAACAAUUUAAACUUUAGGCUCAAAAUCAUGGGAAAAAUUUAGAAUCCAACUUUGGUUUUAGUUUUUGUAGAAAAAUUAUCCGAAUUUGACUUUAAACCAAGAAAUUGGAGAAAAAAAAAGGUUAUAAAUCUUAGUUUGGUUCUAAUUUUUUUAAUAAUGGUCAUAAAUUGAUUUAAAAAAAAGUAAAAAAUAAUAACUUGGGUUUUAGGGUUUUGGUAAAAAUGUGUAAGAAAUUGAUCUUAAUCUCUGAAUUUUGAGAAAAAAGGACUUAAGUUUUAGAUUUUAUUAAGAAAAUUGGUCUUUGAUGACUUUAAUCCAAGAACGUUUGAACAAAUAAUUGAUAAUCAAACUUCAGGUAAUGGUUUAUGGUGAAAAAAUGUAAGAAAUUGACCUUAAUCCCUGAAUUUUAGGGGAAAAAAAUGUGACAAGUUUUAGAUUUCCUCAUUACAAUGACAAGUAAAUAACCUUUAUCUAAAAAUCUUGGGGUGAAAAGUGAGUAAUGUAACUUUAGUCCAAUUUUUUUGAUUAUUUCGGAAAACUUUUUAAGACAAUUGACCUUAAUCCUUAAAUUUUGGGAUUAAGUUAAAAAAAAUCUGACUUUGGUUUUAGAUUUUUUUAAGAAAAAUGGCCAAAAAUGAAUCCAAGAAUUUUGGUGAGAAAAAGUUAGAAUUCUUACUUUGGUUUUAGUUUUUUAGGGAAAAUUUUUAAGAAAUUGACCUUAAUCCCUGAAUUUUGGGAUUAAGUUAAAAGAAAUCUGUCUCUGGUUUAAGAUUUCUUUGGAAAAAUGAUCAUAAAUUGACUUUAAUCCAAGAAUUUUGAGAAAAAAGUUAGUUUGGAAGAAUAAAAAUCUGAUUAAAAUGUCAGAAUUUCCUAACAACGAGUUUCUUUUUCUCCAUGUGUGGAAUCUUCCGGUAGAAAGUGAGAAACUGUAACUUGUGGCUGAAAGUCACUGUGGUGUGGAUGGAUGGGGUGCAGAGGGGAGGGGAUCCACUGCUGACGUGCUUUUUAACACAUUUCAUGUUUAAAAAAAAAAAAGCCAACUGCAUCUGUGAAAAACAGAAUCCAGCUUUUUAAGAUCUGAUAAACAAAUGCAGUUGUUUUCAGCCCCCAGUCCUCUUUUGUACCAGGAAUCCCCCUUUUCCUGUUUUCAGAACUGGAACCUCAGACGUUCUGAAAACAGCUGGAUAAACUGAACAGACGGCUGUUUUUGUUUGUUUGUUGUUGUUGUUUUUCUGCAGCAGUUUGGAUGAAUUCCCCUCAUCGGUGAGUUUGUGAGCACACCUCUGCCCCCCUCCUUCAUCCGUGCACAUCCUGUCAUGUACAUACUGGAUCUGUUUCCUUAAAAAAAAAGAAAGUUAUUUUGUUUUCUUCUCUUCUAACACGAGCUGGAAAUGAUCCUGUUUAAAUUACUGCAUGGGGGGGGGGGCAUUCCUCCCCUCCUUUAUACCUCCUUUUGUUGUUGUUUUUCUCAGUCUUUUGGAUUAUUAUUUUUUCCUCAUGGAGAAUAUGAAAACACCCUGUAAAUGGUCACAUUUAUUUAUACUGUAAAUGGUUGGUUUCUGAAAUAUUUAUUGCAUAUCAAAGGACGCUUCACUUGAGGAGGGGCUACAAGGUAUUUUCAAAGCUGUAGUGUGGUGGUAGUGUGGACAGGGGCAGUGCAAUCAGGGGGGGCAGUUGAAUUUAUUGGUUUUUUUUUUCAUGGUGCUAGACCCCCUCUUUGCCCCGAUGCCCCUUUCAUCGACAGAAGAUGCUAUUCGAAGCAACAAUCUGGUGCUUGGAGCUGUUUUAGUGCAGUUCAGCCAUUACACCAAUGGAACCACGUCUUUGUACUGUAUAACAACCAGAUCCCGCUUAUGGUUUUUUCAAAUCUCUUUUCUGUUGUAUGAAAUUCAUAACCUUCUUCUGUGGCAUUAGUGGUUUUACGAUGAGCAUUAACCGUAGUUGUACUUCUUGACACUUUUGCAGAGACUUUUAGGGAUUUGACUUUUUAAUGGCGUCAAGGUUUUCCUCCCGUCUCGUCCUCCUCAUCAGUAUUAUUUGGAGGACCUAACAACUAUUUUUGUUUGUCUAUUUGAUUUAUGCUGCACUUGUUUCCAAAAGAUUCUCACAUGGACAAAAAAAAAAGAAAACCUGAGCCAGACCUGUCUUAAAUCCCUCUGUGAUUUUCUGUGACAUAUUGUAUUGUUGUUCAAGAUAAUAAAAAUAAAAAUGUUUUGAUAAAUGAUGGAAUAAA